AUGAAGCCUUAUGAAUACGGCUUCCGCGUAUUUUUGUUAACCUUUUGUAUUGUGCUGGUGUCUGGGAGACAUGGAAUGCAGUUUUUCACCACUGCUUUUUAUAGAUUGGUUCUUAUUGGUGUUGGUGCUGGUGUGAGUUUGUCUGUGAAUAUUUGUAUUUACCCCAUUUGGUCUGGUGAGGAUCUCCACAAAUUGGUUGUAAAAAAUUUCCACGGAGUUGCCGCAUCUUUAGAAGAAGCUGAUUUGCUAGGCUUGUUAUUGUGGUAUAUUUUGUUAGGUUGUGUAAAUGGUUAUCUACAAUGUGUUGAAUAUGAGAGAGUUCCAUCUAAAAUUCUUGUAUAUCAAGCCUCUGAUGACCCUCUUUAUCAAGGUUAUAGAACAGCAGUGCAAUCUUCAAGCCAAGAAGAGACUUUGGUAGAUUUUGCAUUAUGGGAGCCACCUCAUGGUCCAUACAAGAUGUUCAAUUAUCCUUGGAGAAGCUAUGUCAAAGUUAGUGGAGCAUUGAGGCAUUGUGCUUUCAUGGUCAUGGCUAUGCACGGAUGCAUACUUUCAGAAAUCCAGGCACCUCCAGAAAAGAGGUUGGUAUUCUUUCAAGAACUUCAGAAGGUAGGCAUUGAAGGAGCUAAAAUAUUGCGACAACUAGGAAGCAAAGUCGAAAAGAUGGAAAAACUGAGCACAAGGGACAUUCUGAUAGAAGUUCAUGAGGCUGCGGAGCUAUUGCAGAUGAAGAUUGACAGUCAUUCAUUCCUCCUAAUCAAUUCAGAGAAUUGGGAAGCUGUAAGACAACAACAGUCUAAAGAAAAUGAACGAUCUGGCAAUUCGAUUAACGAGAAUAAUACGCAGUCAAUGACCAAUAAGUCGGGGGACGAUUCACAGCUACAACGUUCAAUGUCAGAAUUGAGUUUCGUGCAGAAUGCAAACAAGAGCUUAGUAGUUUGUUGCAAGACUUCAAAAUCUUGUGAUGAGUUUCAAGAUCUUAGUGAGAAGGCUAAUUUUAAAGAUCCAUUUGAUCAACCUAUUUUGAAGUGA